AUGACGUAUCCUCAGAGCUGGCUUUGUAAAGAAUACGAGAAAUGGAUGAGCGAGAAGGCGUUAAAAAACCCGGAUUUGGCAUUCACUGCCUCGCUCAGGUACACCUACAAACGUGCCGAAGGUUCGAAAACAAACGAGUCUUGCACUUCCAAGAACUCCCUGCUAUACACAGUCUUCGACCUCAAAGACGACGAACUGUUGGACAUCGUCUGUCCCGCCGUCUUCGAAGUCAAGUCGAUCGUUACGUCUGCCGCGACCGCCUUAGUCCAAGAAGCUGCAUAUCUCUUGGGCGAUCAUGCCGCAUGCGGUUGGUAUUUGGGGGGUUUCGCCGUAGACAGAGGGCACGCCUGCAUGAUCGUCCUCGACGACAAGACCGUCCUUUUCGAGGUCCCCAACGGCAUUCCUCCCAAAUGA